UUGUAAAGCCAGACAGGAGGGCCUAAAUAUCAGCCUUCCAGGAACUGUAGGUUCAAAUAGAUCCCAGACGGAAAGGCUCAGCCCUUAAUCUUUUAGAGGUAGAGAGAUUUAGUUCCAUGCAGCUUACUGUGUGGGCAUCGUUUGGGUGAGACCUUAUAGUUUGGUUCUACUCUAUGACUCUAGAAGUGGCAAGAGGGAGCUGUAGGAUUAUUGUGGCUCAGUGACUCCUUAGCCUGUGGACCCAGUUUACAAGUUAAAAGUUCUUUUAUUUAAGAAUAUGUCUACACAGCAGCUGGGAGGGCGCUUCUCAGCAUAAGCAGACAGACAUGCUGGCUCUGCUCAAGCUAGCUUGCUAAAAUUACAGUGGGGCCAUAGUGGCAUGGAAGGCUGCUUGGGCUAGCCACCCAAGUACAAUCAUGCCCAACCCCCACGUACAUAUUUGGAUGGGUAGCCCAAGCUACUGCCAGUGCUGUCACGGCCACACUAUCUUUAGCACAUUAGUUCGAAUAAAGCUAGCACAAGUGCCUGCCCAUACCGAGAAGCACCCUCUCUGCUACUGUGUAGAGUACACCGUAAGUGGCUUGACCUGGGAUUGGAAGGUAAAGGACCCGUGCCCUCUGUGUGAUGAAGCAAAAGAAGUGCUUGAGCCAUAUAAAAACAGGUUUAUUUUGCAGGAAGUGGAUAUCACCCUUCCAGAGAACGCAGUGUGGUAUGACAGAUAUAAGUAUGACAUACCUGUCUUCCAUUUAAAUGGGCAGUUCCUAAUGAAGCAUCGGGUAGAUGUUAAAAAAUUUGAGAACCAGCUUGUGAAGCUAGAGUUUCAAAAUGGUGAAAACCAGUGAAGGAAAUGCAGCUAUUCUGAGAUUGGAUUGAAGGGAUUUUGAACAAAUGGUUUGAAACUGUUGCAUAUAUUAUCAAACCACAUUUUCUUUGGAAUGUAAUGUACAUAUUUAACAUUCAAAUUUUAGUUAUUUGAUUUGUAUUCCAUUUUGUAGUAAUGAUGAAGCUCAUCUGACUGAAUAGCAACUCUUCAUCUGCUAUCCUAGAUGGUUUUGUUUUUCAAUGAGAGAAUAAGUGCUAUUCCAUAGCAGCAGAUAAAAUGAAAUGCACUUUCAGAUCAUUCAUACACCCUGCACUGACAAUAAAGGAAUGUUUAAGUUA